AUGGUUGAAGCGAGAGUGCCAGACGAGCUGAGAGAUUGGAAUGCAAUGGAUAUAUUUAUCUUUUCGAAUGGACAACAAUAUUCACCGCCGAGAAAGUAUCACUUGUGUUCGGACGAUUUAAAGUUCUGGGAUUCGACAGUAAGCUUCCUUGCACAUUCACAGUAUGGUUCUUUACAUUCAAAGAUAGAGCUAUACACAAUAGAAGGAAGAAGAGUGGAGGGACCAUUGGAGCUACAUAAUGAUGCCGCGUAUGUAGCGGUCUCGCCGCCAGACCCUUUCAUACAGUCUGGAUAUGAUAAGUACCUACUGAAGGCUUCGAGAUCUUGGGAAAAGAGACAAGGAAAGAUAUUGAGUGGCAUCAGGAAUCCAAUGCAUGAAAAAAUCCACGUUAGUGGCAACUUAGAGAUUACUACAUCUACUAACAAACCAGUGAAGGAUGAUUCUGUAUCAACAACUGAAACAGGUAAAUGCAGCAAGAUCAGCUCAGCCACAAAGCACAAGCCGUCAACAGCGACAAAACCAUCAACUAGAAGUUCAUCUCUAUCAAAAGACCCCAUUGAAAGACGAAAGCUUCUUACAACAAAAGCAAUUCUAAGAAAAGGAAAACUAUCAGACUCGUCAACAAAGAGAGAUAGUUCUUUGAUAAAGAAUUUAGGUGUUGUUGAUAAGUCUGUUAUAAAACAGGGUCUAACGCCUAGUGAAACACCCAUCAUUGACGCUAUAUUAGAAACGGAAUCGUCAGCGUCUGCAAAAAAACUUACGAAGAAUACUAAUGUUUCUAGUGACAAUGGACUUGAUGUUAUUCUGGAGCAAAAUGAAAAUGCUAAUAAAAUUAAACCAAAUAAUAACGUAUACAAGAAUCCUGUGAGUGAAACGGAAUCUAUGAUAGUAGAUGUCGACAAAGAUAUUAAUGAUGAUAUAACUAUGAAAAUUGAAAGCAAUACAAUUGAUAAUACUCUCAUUAAACUAGGUCAAAAUGAGAGUGUUGAUAAUGUAAUGAAAACAAAAGAUAUAGGUACUCAGAAAAGUUGGGUUUCCGUGAAUGAAAAACUACAGCAAACAAAGGAGUGUACUUUUAACUUGAAUCUAAAUAUCGAAGUACAUAAUCGAUCAAAUUCUAUUAAUAACAUGGAGUUGAGGAAAUGUUUUAGUAUCAAAUCAGCUGAACGAUCCGUGUUAGAUGUUCAGAAAGAGAAGGUUCGUGAAAACAUCGAUCCAGUUAUGUCAAAAACAGAACCUGAUAAUACCAAAGUUGUGGUUGUUCGAUGUUCAUGCAGCAGUCACCGUACUGAUAAUAAAAUAUUUGCCUUGUCGAAUGAGAAAGAUAAAGAUUACUUCAUUUUGGUACCAACGCAAGGACUUAUUAAGUCGGAUAGCGAGCCAAAUGAUACUCUUACAAGAUUUUAUUUAAUAAACCUUAUUAAGUGUAGUUGCAGACUCACUGCAUCAAAUACUGAAGAUGGAAAGGUAUAUGAAAACAGAAACGAAAAAGUUGAUGACAUUGUAAUACCCAAAAAAGAGAAUGACACAGCAGAAGACGGUAAAACGGACAUUGUACAAGAUCGUAAAGCUUUACCUCCUGCAAAUCCUACACCUUUACCAAAUCAAGAAAUUACAACAAAUUCAAGUGCUUUCGAUAAAAGUAAAAUGUUUGAAGGACCACAAACUAAAAGUACUCAAACAGAUUGGUGCGAUCUUUUGAUAUACAGAGAUUCUGAUCUCACUUUUCAUGAAUAA